UACGAACUAUGUUAAAUUCUUGACUAGCAGUAUGUUUUCAAUUGGCUGGUUACUAAAUCUAGAUGUUUUUUCAAUUGUAGUUUCCAACAAAUACACUAUAAAGUGAAGGCCUUAUGGUCUACUUUCAACAAGAUAGUACGUCUGCAUUCUGUUGGUGGGGCGGCUCACAUAACAUGUGAUUAUUAUGAUGAGCUUGAUGAAAUCUUCAACCACCACCCAGAUGUUGAUUAUACAAAUAUGGGAGUGGAUCCCUCAAUCACAAACGCUGUAUCACUAGAUGUUGAAGGAGAUGCAGCUUCAACUACAGAGACAUCUUUUGAUACUUCAUCCAAUCAUGAAGAGAAUCCAGAAUCUGGAAAAAGACCUUCAGUUGACUUUAAAAUCCUUUUCGAGAAACAAAGGGAGUGGGAAGAAAAAAUGAUGCACGAGCAAAUGGAAGCCCAUGCGCAAUUGAUGAGAGAGACUGUGCAACAAAUGGGGACGAUACUCUUUGCAUGUGUGUCUCAGCUUUCAAAAAAACGAGGGUCUGAGGAGUAAAUAUGGAUGAUUGUGUGACAACAAGGUUACCCGAUUGUAAAAAGCAGUUCGAGUUGAAGCAUCAAAAAUUCGUUUAUCAUCUGCAUGAGAAACUGAAACGAUUAGCUCUGUGGAUCCAAUGUUGUUGUUUUAUUACAUAUAUUGCAUUGCACAGUAAUAAAAUGAAAACCAUUGUG